AUGUCAUUGGUGUCGGAUCCCAGACUGAUUAUAAAAGGUGAUAAUUUGAAGUCGGAGGUCAUUCUCCGAGUCGUAUUUGUAGGCUUGCGUCUGGGUUCCGAUAUGUCAAACUCUAUUCACAACGGGGUUAUUAUCUGCAAUCCUCAUGUCCCAUCUAUGAAGGUGGAUGUACUUUAUCAUGUUGGUUUGGACACCGACACAACUGAUCUCAGGAAGCAGUUCGGUGAUGUUAAAUUCGUUAUCAUGGGUGGUAGUCCAAAGAGAAUGAAGAAGAUCGCUGAAAGACUCCUCAAGGCACUCGAUGUCCAGCUUCCAUGUGGCACUGGUUUGGCCAAUAUUGCUUGCGCUAGUGAUCGUUAUGAGAUGUACAAAGUUGGGCCCAUUCUCUCUGUCUCUCAUGGCAUGGGAGUUCCCUCCAUUUCCAUUCUUCUCCACGAAAUGGCAAAACUACUUUAUCAUGCCGGUUGCCAAGACGUUAGUUUUAUUCGUCUGGGCACGUGUGGCGGAAUCGGUCUUGAACCGGGCUCUGUAGUCAUUACCACCAGUUGUCUGGAUUGUGCUUUCAACGACUACUUCCAGCUGAAAAUUUUAGGCAAGACGGUAAGACGACCAGCUCAUUUGGAUGAGCAUUUGGUGAAAGAGUUGAUCGAAACUGCUGAGUCCAUGAAACCCGACUUCAACGUUGUCGCUGGCAAAACUAUGUGUGCCGAUGACUUCUAUGAAGGCAGAUGUCACCAAGGCUAUUUUAUUGUUGAUGUAGAGCAAGGCCGCCUGGAUGGAGCGAUUUGUGAGUACACUGAGGAGGAGAAAAUGGUUUUCCUCAAAAAAGCCUACGACUGCGGCGUUCGUAAUUUCGAAAUGGAGUCACUAGGUUUUGCUGCGUUCUGUCAACACUUAAAAAUUAAGGCUGCUGUGAUUUGUGUAACCCUGGUGAACCGUUUGGUGUCUGAUCAAAUUUCGACUCCGUUGGAAAUCAUGCAUGCAUGGCAGGAGAGACCUUUGGAGAUACUGAUCAACUACAUCAAGAAUCAAAUUUAA